UAAUCUUACAGCGUCUUUAAUAGAUGAUGUAUCAUCUAUUACAAUGAAUGAAGAAUCAUUUGUUACAAUAUAUGAAGAAAUGGUGCCUUCAGCAAAUGAAGCCUUAUCAGUUACAGUACCUGGAAAAAUAAACCAACUUCGGGAAUAUUUGAUACAAAAAAGUGUUUACUUAUUAAAAAACUAG